AUAAAGUUCUUAGGUAAUUUUGGACCUGUUUGUCUAAUAACCGAAUUUGCAGGUUGUAUAACAUGUUGGUGUCCGUGCAUAACAUUCGGUCAGAUUGCUGAGAUUGUAGACAAAGGAUCUACUUCCUGUGGAGUAGGUGGAGUACUUUACACUCUUAUAGCCCUUACGGGAUGUGCGUGCUUAUAUUCUUGCUUCUAUCGUUCAAAGAUGAGAAGGCAAUACAUGCUGCCGGAGACUCCAUGUGCAGAUUGUUGUGUUCAUUUUUGUUGUGAAUGUUGUGCCUUGUGCCAAGAGCAUCGUGAGCUUAAAAAUCGCGGAUUUGAUAUGUCUAUUGGAUGGCAAGGAAAUGUCGAGAGGCAGAAUCCUGGAAUUACAACGGCACCAAACAUUCAUGGAGGAAUGAGUCGAUAGGUGGUUGGAUUCUGCUAUCCAAUUGUAGGCGGUGGCCAUUAUAUUUGAUGAGACAAAUAUUUUUCUUCUUUCUUGUGGCAUGGGGUGUGAAUUAGGUAAUGCUUAUAGUUGUUUCCUCUCUAAGUAAUUUAUGUAAUUAAGGUCAAAUUCCAUGA